ACACAAGACGUGUUGAACUGGUCUAAGCACCAGAGAAUAUUUUUUAAACAUUAAAGAAAUUGUAUAGAAAUGGUAAAAAUGAUUCCUAUAGUUUUAUUAGUUUUGUUUUUAAAAGAAGGCUCGUCUUUUAUUUAUAGUGUUAACGAAAGUGAAUACCUCAAGAUGCCUCCACUGUUCGAGAUGGACGACUACGGCGAGUGUAUGUUGGAGCGAGGGGGCACGUAUUGUGUUUCUUCGCUCGACCUCUAUAGUGAGGGUCAUUCGAAUCUUAUGCAUUUUAUACGGGAAUACUCAGCUUACGAAGCGAAACAUUUCAACCAUACCCGUAUACACAGAGCUGUAUGCCUAACAAGUUCUUGUAAGCAUUAUCUCGAUGCAUCAAAUACAACGAUGGAUCCAGAAAGGACGGUUGAAGAAUGCAUCAACGAAACCAUAUGGAGGAAUUAUGAAUUACAGGCUAAGUUGGCCGAAUUACACUAUUGUAAACGACAUGAAGAUAAAGUGAUUUUGGAUACAAGUGAUUAUGCCGUAGCAACUAUUUACAUCCUGUUGAUAAUGUUCAACGUUAUCGGAAGUUUUUACGAUAUAAUUUUAUGUGAUGAAGAUCCAAAGAAGGGGAACCAGUAUUUGUUAGCGUUUUCAUUACGAAGGAACUGGGCUAAGCUCAUAGCUCCGGGAGGCAGAGGGCCGGAUCUGAGAAUGGAAAGACUGAAAUUAUUUAAUGGAAUAAGAGCAAUGACAAUGGUUUGUAUUAUAUUCUCCCAUACAGCACUGGUGAUGUCAUUUACGUACACAAAAAAUCCGUUUUAUCUGGAAAAGGCAUACGACGAUCCUUUAAAGCAAUUACUUUUCAACGGGAGCCUUGUUACACACACAUUUUUUGUGAUGUCAAGUUUUCUACUGGCUUACAAUUUGCAAAUACACGCUGAGAAGCAGGAGAUAAAAUGGACAAAGAUUCCUAUGGCAAUCUUAUUACGUUGGGUCAGGCUGACCCCAGCAUACGCACUUGUAAUAGCCACUAUAAGCACGUGGAUGCGGCACAUCGGCGAUGGACCGCUCUGGCAAAUGAUUGUCACCAGCGAGGCCAACUAUUGUCGCCAGUAUUGGUGGGCAAACAUAUUUUACUUCAACAAUUAUAUAUACAGUGACGACUUAUGUUUUCCCCAAGGAUGGUACUUGGCAGCGGAUACGCAGCUUUUCUGCCUUGGUUUGAUCUGUCUAGUAAUCAUCCAACGACCUUGCCUCAGGAAAAUAGCACUCGCAAUAUUAUUCCUGGUGUCACUAGUCAUCACCGCAGCUCAUACUUACUUCCAGGACUUAGAAGCGGUCGUUAUACAGUCGCCUGAAUCCUAUCGCAGUAUCUACGUUAGCGACAAAACAUUUAAUCUUGUGUACAUAAGGGGCCAUACUAACAUCUCCACUUACACCUUGGGUCUCGCCGGAGGACUCCUGACUUACCAUUGGCAGAAAAGUGAAAAAGAUUUGACUCCAUAUAAGAAAUAUCGGUGGGUGUUCUGGUCGCUGUUUCCGAUGGGCGUCUCUGUGAUACUCUCCGGGGGCUUCUUCUAUAUAGACGGAUUCACGCCGUCCACGCUCAUCAGAGUUGCUUACGCUACUCUUUACAAGCCCGUCUUUCAGACUAUCGUGGUCGCGUUCAUGAUUGGCACCAUCUUUAAAUUCGAAAACGUCUACCGUGGUAUAGUGGAGUGGCGAGGUUUCGCCUGGGCUGGUCGGGUCUCCUACAGCGCUUUCCUUCUACACACAAUGUUUCAAAGAUCAUUCGUUGGAUCUCUGACUGAAUUAUUGCACAUGACUGACUAUUACGUGGUCAUAAUCCUGUGUGCAUCGGUAUUUCUCUCCUUCCUGUGCGGGGCGGGGCUGUGGCUGCUGGUGGAGGCGCCCUUCGCGGCUCUGUCGCGUGCUUUAAUUGGCAAUAAUAAAUAA